CAACAAAGAACACCGCCUCCGCCGCCGUGGUCCUCUUUCUGAUGUUGGUUCAGCCCACGCAAAUUUUGGUCGCUACGGCGGUCGCGGCACUCCCUCCUAUGGCGGUCGUGGGCGCGGUCGAUUUUCUGGCCGAGGUCGCGGAUCCAGAUAUGGCGGCGGUGGCCGCCCUUCUCACCCAUUUGUUGUUCCCUCUUCUUUUGCAGGACCAACCCACGGAGCAGGGCUGCUUGGGCCCAGGCCCAAUCACCAUUCAUCCAGUUCGCCGGGCAGCACGCUUCAAUGUUACACCUGCCAUGGCUAUGGCCAUCUCGCUAAACACUGUCCCAACCCCUCACUCUCGUCCCGCUAUCCACCCUCGACCAACUACGCCUCCUCCUCAACCUCCCAAGACUGGAUAAUGGAUUCUGGUACCAACUAUCACAUCACCUCUGAUCUCAACAAUCUUGCUCUUCACUCCGAAUAUAAUGGGCCCGACGAGGUAUCUUUUGGCAAUGGACUCUCGCUCCCAGAAAAUCCUCCACCAGGGUCGCAGUAAAGAUGGGUUGUACUCGGUGCCACUCUCCAUUCUUUCCCAAGUGGCUCCUCGUGCGUUCCAUUCCACCCUCUCCCACUGGCAUCAACGUCUUGGCCACCCUCACUCCCGUGUUCUUCGUCAAGUCCUCCACC